AUGGUCGUCGAGAAGAAAGCGCCCUCUGUGGCCUCGAGCAACGGCAACAGCCUUAAGCCAAUCCUGUCCCGCAAGCGUGUCGCGGAGGCUAUCGCAGAGCAAGAAUGGCCCAAGAGACCCCGCAUCGAGGCCAAGACAGAUCGCACCAAGUGGCGCAUGAAGGACGAGGACGGUCGCCAUAUCUGGAAGUAUCUCGAGGACGACGAUGCCUCCAAGGAGUGGCCCCAGACCGCUGCCGACAAGUACUUCUUGGGUCUUCCCACAGACCUCCCAAUCCUCCCCGAACCCAAGAAUCCCCUCGAAGCUACCCUUAAUGGUCUCGAAUACGUCGAAAAGCUCCAACUGCCCUUCGGCGACUGGGGUUGUGAAUACGGCGGCCCCAUGUUCCUCCUCCCGAGUACCGUCAUUGCGCUCUACGUCACCAAGUCGCCCAUCUCCUCAGCAAAGGCGACCGAGAUCAAGAACUACCUCUUUGCGCGCGCACACCCUGAGCUGGGCGGAUGGGGUCUUCACACCGAAGGCAUCAGCACCGUGUUUGGUACUUCCCUGAACUACACCACUUUGCGACUACUUGGAGUUGACGCGGAGGAGCCUGUUAUGGUCAAGGCCAGAGCCAGACUCCACGAGCUCGGCGGCGCAACCCAAGGGCCUCACUGGUCCAAGUGGUGGCUUGCCGUCCUCGGCGUCGUCGAUUGGGAGAUUGUCAACCCCGUGCCCCCUGAGAUCUGGCUGUUGCCCAACUGGGUGCCCAUUCACCCCUGGAGGUGGUGGGUCCACAUCCGCCAGGUCUUCCUGCCCAUGUCGUACAUCUACUCUCGUCGCUGGAGUGUUGAAGAGACGGACGUCAUCCGCUCUCUCAAGAAGGAGCUGUUUGUGGAGCCCUGGGCAGCGAUCAACUGGAAGACUCACCGAAACGACAUCGCCCCCGUGGAUAACUACCACCCCAAGUCUUGGCUUCUCAACACCGUCAACUGGCUGCUGGUCAAGGUCUGGAACCCCUACCUGCGCACCAACUACAUCAAGGAGCGGGCCGAGGCGUGGACCAGCGACUUGGUCGACAUGGAGGACGCCAACACCGACUACCUCGGCCUGGCGCCUGUCAACGGCCCCAUGAACCACGUCGUCUGCUACAUCCGUGACGGCCCCGGUGCUUACACUGUUCGCCGACACACCGAGAGACUCGAGGACUCUCUCUGGGUCAACGCCGAGGGUAUGCUUGGCAACGGCACCAACGGUGUGCAAUGCUGGGACACCGCAUUUAUGAUUCAGGGCGUUGUCGCGGCGGGUCUCGAGAAGGAGGCGAGGUGGCGCCCCAUGCUGGAGAAGGCACUCGGCUUCCUUGACCGUCAGCAGAUCCGCGAGAACUGCAAGGACUCGGACAAGUGCUACCGUCAGCAGCGUAAGGGUGGCUGGCCCUUCAGCAACCGUGAGCAGGGCUACGCCGUGAGCGACUGUAUCUCGGAGGCACUCAAGUCUGUCAUCAUGCUGCAGAAGACCGAGGGCUUUCCCCAGCUUCUGGACGAUCAGCGCAUUUUUGACGCGAUUGACUGCAUCUUGGUGUACCAGAACGAGACGGGUGGUGUUGGCUCGUACGAGCAGCGCCGUGGCGGUGAGUACAUGGAGAUGCUCAACGCCGCCGAGGUUUUCGGCCGUAUCAUGAUCGAGUACGACUACCCCGAGUGCACGACUGCUUGCGUGACUGCGCUCUCGCUCUUCCAGAAGCAUUGGCCCGAUUACCGCAAGGAAGACAUUAGAGUCUUCAUCCACCGUGCCGUUAACUGGAUUCGGUCCCACCAGAAGUUCGACGGUUCCUGGUACGGCAGCUGGGGUAUCUGCUUCACGUAUGCCGGCAUGUUUGCGCUGGAGAGUCUGGCUAGUGUGGGCGAUAUCUACGAGGCGAGCAAGGUAUCGAGGAGGGGCUGCGACUUCCUUGUCUCGAAGCAGAGAGAGGACGGCGGAUGGUCCGAGAGCUACAAGGCCUGCGAGACCUCGGAGUAUCACGAGCACCCUAGCGGCUCUCUGGUUGUGCAAACCGCCUGGGCCUUGAUCGGACUCAUGGAGGCCGAGUAUCCCAAUAUCGAGCCCCUUCGUAAGGGUAUCCAAUUCCUCAUGGACCGUCAGCAGGCCAACGGCGAGUGGCUGCAAGAGUCCAUGGAGGGUGUCUUCAACAAGAGCUGCACCAUCAUCUACCCUAACUACAAGUUUAGCUUUUCCAUCAAAGCGCUCGGCAUGUUUGCGCGCAAGUAUCCCGACGAGAAGAUUACGCCUGGCAUCAGCGGCAAGGAGUAA